AUGACCAAGACAGUUACUGAAGCAAAGAUUUUGAUUGAAAAUCUAGCCUCAAGCGACAGUGACAACUUCAUUGGGCAUGAGAGAGCAGUGAAGGCCAUAAAUUCUGAUCCAUACAGAGAUGGAUACAGCGAAAUCAAAGCCAUGAUGGCUGAGAUACUGAGAAACCAAGGAAGAGAAGUGGAGAGACAAAGAGAAGCUUAUAGAGUUGAGUCCACAAUAAUUCAAGAUUACUUUGGAGAUUUGAUUCCAAGUUUCCAAGAAGAAGUAAACUUUGUUGGAAUAGAUGGAUCAGCACAUAGAGAAGAAGCUUGGAAAGGGAGAGCAUGA